AUGUACGACUAUUUGUUCUGUGACUCCCAAGAGGAAGAAGAAGGAAUGGGGAACUCAGUGGAGAGGGAGAAAACACCCUUAGAAAGGGAAAUAUCCUGGCCUGAACUGUAUGAGUAUUUUUUCAAUGAACCAGAAGGAAACAGGAAAAAAGUCAAGAGUAAAGAGAGGAAGCGAAAGAAGUUCAGCAGCAUGGACCACACUCAGCUGCAAAGUGAGGAUCCUGACUCGGCUCCAGUCAAAGGCUCCCUGGUUGUCUCGGUCCCUGAGGUGUAUGAACACUUCUUUUUAGACCGGCCUAGGAAUAGGGCAGGCUGGAGAGGGAUUUUCUCAAUAGCUCCAGCCUCCGAGGUGAAGAAAGCUGUGGGGGCUUUGAAGUCCCUCCUGCAAAGGCCAAUGCAUCUUGUCAGAGGCCAAGCCCCGGCCCCCCAGCCUCUCCUGCAGAGAGGAUCUGGAGAGAAGCUCUCCCUCAUCCCGCUGCCUCCCCUGGGAAGAGGCCAGACGCAGCCAGAAGGUCUGGACAUGGCCCUUGCGCUGCCAGGGGGGCCCGAGGCUCCGCUGACACUGACCCACAAAGACAUGUGCCUCGUCUUCUGUGCCUUUGCGUCCUGGGCGGUGAAGACGUCCGACCUGCAGGCUCCAGAUGCCUGGAAGACCAUGUUCCUGGCAAGUUUUGGCACACUUUCUGCCAUCCGCUACUUCCGAAGGCAGGUCAGAGAAGGAUACCCCCGGACCUAG